AUGGUCAACAUUGCAAUUGCUGGAGGCUCUGGUGACGUAGGUCAGGAGGUCCUCAGUGCUCUUGUCGCCAGAGGCAAACACGACAUUCUGCUUCUAUCUAGAAAGGACGUCCCUGCAACUGAGCUUCCUUCCAGUGUCAAAUGGGUCAAAACCAAUUACUCCGUUGAAGAAUUGACGACUAUCUUCAAGGGCGAGGGCGUGGAAACAGUGCUUUCCUUCGUCGCCGGCGAUCCAUCCAGCGGCGCUCACGGAGAUACCCAGAAGAACUUGGUCGAUGCCUGUAUUCGAGCUGGAGUCAAGCGUUUCGCUCCCAGCGAAUUGGCCGCAUCCAAGUUUGAGCACAUGCCCUGGUACACUUUCAAGCAAGCCGCCCGCGACUACCUGUCAGAGGUGAACAAAGACAAGAAGGUUCUCGAGUACACCCUGUUUCACCCGGGUCUAUUCACGAACUACAUGACAUUCCCUUUCAGCUCGUCGAAGCAUGUCCAGUUAUUCGAGACACCCAUCGACUUCUACAACCGCCGUGUCUUGGUAAUUGACAGCGCGGAAGACGUACCCAUCACCCUCACAACUGCGCAGGAUACCGCCAAGGUUAUCGCGCUGGCUGUGGAGUACGAGGGGGAGUGGCCUCUGAUAAGCGGCAUCAAGGGCUCCGAGGCCACCAUAAGACAGCUCAUUGCACUGGGAGAGAAGAUUCGCGGUGGACCUUUCGCUGUGGAGAAGCUCAAGAAGAGCGACCUUCUGGCUGGCACUGUGAACGCGUCCUGGAUGCCCAAGAUAACCCAUCAGUCGAUGUCUCCGGAAGCAGCCGAAGCUCUUGCUCCCGUCUUGCUUUCUGGCAUCCUGCUUGGAUUUGAAAAUGGGAAUUUCAGCACCACCGACGAGUGGAACAAACUUCUGCCUGAGUACGAGUUCACUCAACCCGAGGAGUUUCUGAGCAAGGCCUGGUCUGCCAUUGACGCGGGUGCGAAGAGUGUUUUCGAUGAUUAUUAG